AUGGCAGUGGAAGUGGUGCACCAAAUUUACACGAAAAUAUUUAUGAUUAUGAUUUUGAUUGCUUUUACUAAUCGUGUAAAAGCACUUAUUCGAGACAUCGAAUUUAGCGAGGGUCACUCAAUUAAAUCAUCUGCCACGAAUAUCCCAAUAUUUACAAUACCGUCGCUUACUAAGAGUGGAACUGACUUUGGUAAUUCGAUAAUGAAUGUGGGACCUACUCAGAGUAGAGAAGACUUAAUAUUUGAACAAUUUAAAAUCGGAAACAUUCCUGACUUCAUGAGAAAUGCUAUUUCUAUCACAACAACGGCUGGAAAUGACACAAUCACAUAUUGGGUUCUUCCAGAUGUUCUUUGCGUAGGUACAAAUAAAGAUUACUUGAGAACAUCAAUGAGUCCAUUAACGGCAAAAAAAAUAGCAGAUCUUUACAGUUGUGUUUUACCAACAAGAAAAAUGGCUUUUCAAAUUUGGCAAGCAGCUACAGUUAAACUAAAUCCCAGCCCAAAUGGUCCUCCAUAUGAUGCGACUAUGUUAUCAACAGAAAGAAUGGUAUUUCAUAAUAAAAAAAUCCAAGAUGCAUUAACUAAUCAAAUUCCGGGUGAGCUGGUGUCGGGCCAUAAGAAAGACGUAGUUAUAUCUGCUGGGCUGUUAAGCUACCCGAAGAACGUAGCUAUUGUGGGAUGGUGGUACCCAUCGGGACAAAUGAUUCAACCAUUAAAUUAUGUAUCGCAUGAUCACCAUUAUAAAGAUUACAGUCAUGGUAUUCGAUUAAUUAAUCGUAUGGUAACCAUAAAUGGACAAUGGCAUGACAUAUAUGAUGUAUUACGCAGUAAAACGCUCUCAAUUUUAAUAAGUGACGAAGGUUCAUUUGAUGCUACACAAAUAUAUGUGUAG